UUCUAACCAAAACCCAACCAAGCUAAACCUCCUACUAAACCUCUCGAACUAUCAAUCUACCAUUCCAUUUCACUACCAAACAUGCUGUGGGUGGGAUCUACAACUAUGAUAAUCUAAUCGGAUCACUCAAGCAGCGAAACAAACAUGGCUUUGACUCUCUCUCUCCUCUCUCUCUCUCUCUCACACACACACAUAUAUAUCAUCACUUUAAACACAAUUUGAAAGAUAGAUUAUCAUUUGAUUCGUUUAAGUCCUUUCAAAUCCUGCUCAGAAUUCUCUCCCUAGCUUCAAUGGACAAGAAGAAAGUAGUAUUGAAAUUGGAUGUGCAUGAUGAAAAGGCCAAGCACAAGGCCAUGAAAACAGUUACUAGCCUCACACGGAUUGAUUCAAUUGUUAUGGACAUGAAUGAGAAGAAAUUGACAUUGAUUGGAGAUGUUGAUCCUGUCAUUGUAGUGAGCAAAUUGCGAAAACUAUGCCACACAACCAUAGUGACAAUUGGGCCGGCCAAAGAGCCCGAGAAGAAAAAAGAUGAUAAGAAGGAUGAAGAAAAGCAGAUUGAAGGGCUUGUGAAGGCCUGCAAAGCUUACAAUCCUUACAUGACUCAGUACUACCAUGUCCAUAGUGCUGAGGAGAACCCAAAUGCUUGUGUUAUCUGUUGAAAGUGUGAGAUUGAGAAGUAGAGAGUUUGUAGUUAGGACAUUGUGUUCAUUGGGGGUUAGGUUUUGAGUUGUGUCCAAACACCCAUCUGAGAUGAGAGCGAAUAAAAGAGGAUGAUGAUCCUAUUGUACAGUUGGUGUUGGUAGGUAGAUUGUUCUUUAUCCAUGUGCUAUAGGACAUUUGAUGUACGAAGUUCAAAAUAAAGAGAGGAAAUAAAUUUAUGUA